AUGGGUUUCAGUUUUUUGGUAGAAGAGGAAGUCACUACUAGGCCUAAAUAUGGACACUAUGUGCCUAAUCCUGAGUAUAGUGUUCACACCAUGAUAGUGGGGAAAUGCCUCUGUUUCACCGAAUUAAUAUGCAACAAAGAUAUAGAUCAAAAUGGGCGAACUUCUUUGCACUGGGCAGCAGAACUAGGAGAAGUGUGUAGCGUAAAGAAGAUGCUUACCCAAGGCUUCGAUACCCGUAUACAAGACCCAAAUGAUGACACGCCCCUCCAUGUUGCUUUGAAAUGGGAGAAGGAGGAUGUAGCAGAGUUAUUGGUGGACACAGACAGCGGAACCAGCAUCCAAAACAGGGAUGGUAGGACGCCUCUACAUCUUGCUGCAAGUAAAGGAUUUGCAGGUAUAGUGAAGAAGCUGGUUGCGGCCGACCCAAGUAUGCGUCUCCGAGAUCGAGACGGACAGACACCACUCCACGCUGCUGUGCUUUCCGGGAAGGAGGUUACAGCAGAACUCCUGAUCAAUGCAGACAGUGAGAUUGAUGUUCAGAAUGACAAGGGGCAGACCCCUCUACAUAUUGCUGCAAGUAAUGGAUUUGCAGGUAUAGUGAAGAAGCUGAUUGCGGCCGACGCAAGUAUGCGUCUCCGAGAUCGAGACGGACAGACACCACUCCACGCUGCUGUGCUUUCCCGGAAGGAGGUUACAGCAGAACUCCUGGUAAAUGCAGACGAUGAAAUUGACGUUCAGAAUGACAAUGGGCAGACUCCUCUACAUCUUGCUGCAAGUAAUGGAUUUGCAGGUAUAGUGAAGAAGCUGAUUGUGGCCGACGCAAGUAUGCGUCUCCGAGAUCGAUUCGGACAGACACCACUCCACGCUGCUCUGCUUUCCGGGAAGGAGGCUACAGCAGAACUCCUGGUCAAUGCUGGCAGUGAAAUUGACAUUCAGACUAACGAGGGACGGACUCCUCUACAUCUUGCUGCAAGUAAUGGAUUUGCAGGUAUAGUGAAGAAGCUGAUUGCGGCCGACGCAAGUAUGCGUCUCCAAGAUCGAUUCGGACAGACACCACUCCACGCUGCUCUGCUUUCCGGGAAGGAGGCUACAGCAGAACUCCUGGUCAAUGCUGGCAGUGAAAUUGACAUUCAGACUAACGAGGGACGGACUCCUCUACAUCUUGCUGCAAGUAAUGGAUUUGCAGGUAUAGUGAAGAAGCUGAUUGCGGCCGACGCAAGUAUGCGUCUCCAAGAUCGAUUCGGACAGACACCACUCCACGCUGCUCUGCUUUCUGGGAAGGAGGUUACAGCAGAACUCCUGGUCAAUGCAGACAGUGAAAUUGACGUUCAGAAUGACGAGGGGCAGACCCCUCUGCACCUUGCUGCAAAGCAACAAUAUGUUGACAUUGUGAAAAAGCUGUUGUUCAAUGGGGUGCGUCCUCACGUUAAAGAUAAUAAAGGUUUAUAUCCACUGCACAUUGCUGUGCAACAAGCCGGGGACGGACAUGAUAUGGUGAAACUUAUUCUUGCGAUGACUACUUUGAGAGACAUAGCCAUCAACUACAGUGUAAUUGUGAAUGAAAACUGGAGGCGACGCUGUAUCCGUGUUGAGUCAGAAAGUUAUGCCGAGAUUCAGCGGAUGAAGAACACCCAGAUAGCUGGAUCAAGGGUGUCCUUUUAUGACAUUGUGACGCAAAACUUCCGCAAGGUUGCACUGUAUUUCCAGAUCGAAAGAAUCCGCAUAGCUUCCCAUUGCGAUCUCUUGAGGGCUCAAUUUCCGCUCUUCGCUGACCUGAUUGUUUUCAAAGUAGGAAGGGCCGAAGAGAGGAGGUUUCUCGCCGAUCUGUGUCUGGAAUGCUUUUCCAUAUUGACUCAAAGUCGGAAUCCUCUGCCCUGCACGUGCACAGACAUCGUGUUAAGGUGUCUAAGUGAGCAAGACAUGCGAAACUUCAUUAGUGCCAUUAAAUUCGAGUGCAGAGAAUUCUGUAAAUGUGGUACUCACUAA